AAGAGAGCAAAGUCCUCUCAGCCGUCCGGCUUGAAGAAGCUAUGGCGCUAUGGUUUCUCAAGUCAUGAUGGACAGGGAAUCAGGCUGACAUGAACGAAGAAGAUGAGCUGCAAAAACUGUGGGACAUUGGGCCUAGAGCUCAUGUAGCCACAAACUUUGAUUUUGUGAGCGAGAAUGAACAGAUGCAGAUCCUUUUGAAGCAAGAGGUGCUGAACCAAGCUGAAAAACUGAAGUGCCAGAUCCGCUACGUGGAUUACAAAUUGAAGUCCAUCCACGACUUCAUUGAGAGCUUGCCAUGCGCCUUUCAUUCUUGGGCGCUGGUGCGAAAGACUUCAGCUCAGUCGAUGGAGGCUGACUUGGAAAGCCCGCUGCAACCUGUGGAAGCCACCCUGGGUGCGGCGGGGACCGCGGUCCCCUCCCCAAGAGGUCCUAAGCCCAGCAAGUCAGGCCGCGCCCGGCGCGCAGCUGUGGUAACAUUGAGCAAUGGGGAAUCCAUUGAAGAGGCCAACAAGAAAGCGGCACAGAGUUACUUCCCUGAGCCAAACCGAUUGCAGUUCAGCCUUACAGCAGAAGUGGUUCGAGAGAUUUGUCAGCACAUCUAUGAUUCCGUGCUGGUGGUGAACCCUCAGUGGAAUUUGCGGAUCGGCAGUGUUGAAGCGGCCCUGCUCGCGUGGGACUUGACCUCCCAGAUUCAUGGCUGCUGUCGCAUUCCCGUGACCCUGGUGACACAGCGCGAAGGAAGACAGUACACCUUCAUCUUCAUAGUGCUGAUGGUGGAGGAUCAGUUCGCCUUGCUGGGCAAAUAUUUGUUGAAGGAACUUUGCUUCCUUCCACUACGAAGGCAGAAAUUGUCAGACGUGGUGGAUCGUGUGGGAGACAUCCUCAGCUUGCGCGAUCACAGUCUCUCUACCCUGUACUUGGGGCUGCCUACAGAUGGCACAUCGGCUCCAGAUGAGUCACCGACUUUUUGGAGAGUUCUCAAGCUCAGUUGCAGGCGCCAGGAGUGGCACUCGGUCCUGGCAGCCUGUGACUUCUACAUGGCUAGGAGGCAACAGGUGCGUGAGAUCAUCUCGGAGGUCCUGCUGUCUCAGGAUGAUCCCGAACAAGGUCAUGGCUAUCAGAACUACAAAGUUUCAGUGCCCCAAGGCUUAGCCCUGUGGACAAAUUCGCGGGGUGAAGCUCGCCUGAAGGUCACUGAGCCUCUACUGGUCCGGAAACGGAUCAAGAAAAUCCCUAAGAAGGUGAUGCGCGGCCCGCGGGGCGGAGUAGCAGCGAUGGAUAAGAAAUCUGUCGCAGCUCUAUCCAUGAAGAUGGGUGCUAUGGAACAGAAGCACCCCAAUGAACAGGAAGUUUGGCACCAUUUGGCCUUUUCAAGGCAGACCAUGGCGGCGAACUCUGCCGCUUCGGCUGCUGAGUGGCCACUGGUGCAGGAAUCCGAAUGUUCUUCUCUUUCCUCCGCGUCAUUGGAUGAAUAUGCGGAGGACUUCUGCAUUGAUCGACAUCAAACUCGACCAGUGUUUCAAGCAUUGAACUGAAAACUGAACAAUUUGAAUAAACAGAGCUAACAAUA